CAAAUAUUCCAUUACUUUGUGAAAGAGACGAGGGGAAAAACAUAUUGUCAAAAUGGGCGGCCGCGCAUUCAACCUUGACACCCCGCCUAUCCCGCACGACGUUUACCUCCGCCUGGUGUCCAAAUUCACCACUCUUUUGCAAUCACUCCACGAAAUCGUCAGAGUGUCCCCCCAUGCGCCUGAAAAGAUUAUCCACGGGGACAUAGACAUUCUAGUCGCGUCUCCUGUUCGUCCUUACACCAGCGAGGAACUCCUCGCACUCCUCGGCGCAGAACAAUCCAUUCCUGGCUUCCCAACGGCGAAUUUUGCCAUCUACGAGCCCGAGAUGGAGGCGUACGUGCAGCUAGACAUACGCAUGUGCCCUCCCGAAAAGAUUGAAUGGGAGACUUUCCAUCGCGCCUACGGUGAUCUCUGGAGCAUACUAGGGGCCAUGGGGAAGCGUGUGGGGAUUAGCGUCAAUCACUCCGGCGUCCGCGUUUCCGUCAAGCACAUUGAGAAGAAGAACAAGAAAGCGGCCAUGGUGCACUUGACGGAUGAUCCCCGGGCUGCUAUCGAAUUUUUUGGGUGUGAUUGGGGGUGGUACGAGAGGGGGUUUAGCACUGUCCAGGAGAUGUUCGAUUUCUGCGCUCGAUGUCGGUUUUUGGACCUUGGGAUUUCUCAGAGGAGGGAGGAAAUCACCGUUGAGGGUAGGAAGCUCAGAGAUCUUCGGCCUCUCUGCCGACGCUGGUUCGAUGAAUAUUUGCCAAAGUUGACGGGGGAGGAGGGGCAGGAUAUUGAGUUGAAUGUUCACUCACGGGAAAGUGUACUUGAGGAAGCAUUGGAGAAAUUUGAUAAGAGGCUGGAACACGACAUGCUGGUGGGUAUCUGGGGGAAGGAUUUGUUUGAUGAGGAGAUGUGGCGCAGGAUUCGGGCUCUUUUGCCACUUGGUACUAAGAGGGGUAAUUUUGUGGUGAGAACUUUGGCUAAGAGGCUCGGGGAAGAAGAUCUUGGGAAUGGCGAUUACGGAGCAUUGUGUGAAGCAGAGGAGUGGAGGAGAGAAAGAGAAGUCAAGUGGACCGGGAUUGCAAAGGCUGAGUGGAGGGCUAUAUUGAUGGCGCAGAGAGGAGGCUGAAGUGGGCAUUACGGGUUUGUUGGACAGGCAGAACAGGGGGGGGGAAUGUGUGAGCACAGCAUUGUGAUGCAUUCAAUGGUUAUUAGUUGGUGGUGAAGAAUAUGUGAUUAGUCCUAUUUUUAUAAUGUCUUAUGUUAUAAGGUACUUAAGAUAUUUUGAAGUAUGGAGCUAUUAAAGUGAAAUACGAAAUGGAUCUGAGGGCUAAGGCUUGGUGUAAUUUAUGCACCUGGCAAGCAUACUCAUUGCUAUGCCUGAGAUAGCUGUAGUAUAGUUUGGAGGGACAUAGAUGGGCGAUGAGAGAUGACUAGGAAAAAGAGAACCCAGAAGACCCGGGAUAUGAUACCUUGGA